CCCAUCGCCUCCAUCUCAGCCCUCAAAAAGACCAACACGGCGCUGCUGGUGCCCAACGCGCUCAGCAUCCGCACGGCCCAGGGGGAGAAGUUCCUCUUCGUGUCGCUGCGCCAGCGAGAGGCCACGUACCAGCUCCUGAGGUCUGUCUGCAAACAGCUGCAGGACAGCGGCCAGAGCCCUCGGGACUCGGUGAACAACGAGGAAACCCUUGAGAAGACUCUGACCUCGAGCCAGUCGGACCUGGAGCAGAGCACCCCGGAGCCCAACAGCCUCCACGAGUCCCUGGGGGAACCCCACACCACGCUCUGGGCCUGGGCUGCUGCACUCUGGUCCCGGAUGAACCCCCAGCUGAGCCUUCUCAACAUCAUCAUCACCAUCUACCUGCUGCUCAUGGUGGCCUUGCUGGUGUCCUCGGGGUACAUCGGGCUGCGCAUCGUGGAGCUGGAGCAGCAGUUGGCAUUGGCAGGGGCUCAGCUGUGCCCCAACCCACCACAGCAGUGA